GAGGCGCCUUAAUUCCAUUAAAAUAAUUCUCCCCCACAGUCUCUCUCCUCCUCCUCUGUGACUCUGUCUCUGUCGCUGGCUUGGGGGAGAGAGAGAGAGACGGAGGCGUACGCGAGCUGUGGAGGAGGAGCCGCGGCCACGCGGUGAGUUGCGCAUCCGCGAUUACGGGAGCGGGGAGGAGGGAGCUAGCUCGUCCCUGCUGCCGUUUCUGCCGGGAGUCCCUGGCGGUUCGCGAGAUCGGCUGGUUCUCUGGUUUUCAUUUUUGAGAUUUUUGGGAGUUGUUUGCAUCGAUUGGCGCUGUGAGGGAGGGAGGGGAGUUUUGAGGAGGGGUUGCGUGGAUUUGAGGUGGUUUCGGGGGAGAUCCCGUCGGGGACCGGGGGUUUUGGUUCUGUGCGGGGCGGUUUCGGGCUCGCCGGCCGGCGAUGGCGUCGGUGGAGGUGCGGUCCGUGCGGAAGUCGGCGGCGCUGCGUGCGCGGACCAUGCCGACUAAGCUGCAGCCCGCGCGGUCCAUGCCGCUCGACUACAGGUACUCGCCCACGGCGGCCGCGUCUGCUGGCGUUGGCGGCAAGCCGGCGGCGAACGGCGUUGGGCGCCGGGCUGCGGCCGCGCCGGUGGAAGAAGGGGAGGUGUUUGGGGUCGAGGGUGAUGCGGACUCCCCCUACAGCUCCAAGGCGGGGACCACGGAGGAGGAGGAGGGUGGUGGAGGUGGCGGGGAGGUCGAUUCGGCGUCUUCUGCAGCGGCGACACCGCGGAAGUCGCUGCCGGCCGCCGCUGCCAGCCCCUCACAACGUGACACGAGGUGGGGUGACACGAGCUCUUACGGUGCUAAACAGAAGCAUAGAGUUUUUUGUCAGCUUCCAAAUGGUGAUUGGGCCUUAUGCACCGUGCUCACUACCUCUGGCGAUGAGUCUGUACUGAAGGUUUCUGAAGGCAAAGUAGUGAGGUCGAAAACGGAGAGCCUUCAACCUGCAAAUCCUGAAAUUCUUGAUGGAGUGGACGAUCUCAUGCAGCUAAGUUAUCUAAGUGAACCGUCAGUACUGUACAAUUUGCAGUACAGAUACUCCCAAGACAUGAUUUAUACUAAAGCAGGUCCAGUUUUGGUGGCCGUCAAUCCUUUUAAGAAAGUUCCACUGUAUGGUAACGAGUACAUUUAUUCAUAUAAAAAUAAAACAAUGGACAGUCCACAUGUUUACGCAAUAGCAGAUUCAGCACUUCGCGAAAUGAAAAGAGAUGAAGUUAACCAGUCCAUUAUUAUAAGUGGUGAGAGUGGAGCAGGAAAAACAGAAACUGCAAAGAUUGCCAUGCAGUAUCUUGCUUCUCUCGGGGGAGGAAGUGGCAUAGAAUAUGAGAUCCUACAGACCAAUCCAAUACUUGAGGCUUUUGGCAAUGCAAAGACAUUAAGAAAUGAUAACUCAAGUCGCUUUGGAAAGCUCAUUGAAAUCCAUUUCAGUACGACCGGAAGAAUAUGUCGUGCCAUGAUUCAAACAUUUCUACUUGAGAAGUCAAGGGUUGUACAAUGUGCGGUCGGUGAGCGCUCCUACCAUAUAUUUUAUCAGCUAUGUGCUGGUGCACCAACGUCUCUCAGAGAGAAGUUGAAUUUGAAGAAGGUGGAUGAAUACAAAUACCUAAAGCAGAGCUGUUGCUAUUCGAUUGCUGGUGUUGAUGAUGCCCAAAUGUUUCACACUGUAACGGAAGCUAUGAACAUAGUUCAUAUCAGCAAGGAGGACCAAGAUAACGUUUUUGCAAUGGUUUCUGCUGUGCUAUGGCUGGGAGAUGUAUCUUUCACAGUUAUUGAUGAUGAAAAUCAUGUUGAGAUCGUUAUAGAAGAAGCUGCGGAAACGGUUGCAAGACUUCUUGGCUGCAGUAUUGAAGAUCUCAAUUUAGCUUUCUCAAAGCGGCACAUGAAAGUUAACAAUGAAAAUAUAGUUCAGAAACUUACGCUCACACAGGCAAUGGACACAAGAGAUGCACUAGCGAAAGCACUCUAUGCAAGUUUGUUUGAGUGGCUUGUAGAACAAAUUAACAAGUCUCUUUCAGUUGGCAAGCGUCGAACUGGGAGAUCAAUCAGUAUUCUUGAUAUCUACGGCUUUGAAUCAUUUGAUAAGAACAGUUUUGAGCAGUUCUGCAUUAACUACGCAAACGAGAGGCUACAACAACAUUUCAACCGCCAUUUGUUUAAGCUUGAGCAAGAGGAAUACGUUGAAGAUGGCAUUGACUGGGCUAAGGUUGAGUUUGAGGACAACCAGGACUGUUUGAAUCUCUUUGAGAAAAGACCACUGGGGUUAUUAUCUCUGCUGGAUGAGGAAUCUACUUUCCCAAAUGCUACAGACCUUACUUUUGCAAACAAGCUUAAGCAACAUCUUGACACCAAUUCUUGCUUCAGAGGUGAAAGAGGCAAGGCUUUUGCUGUUCGUCACUAUGCAGGAGAGGUUGCAUAUGACACGUCAGGUUUUCUUGAGAAGAAUAGAGAUUUAUUGCAUAUGGACUCAAUUCAGCUCCUUGCUAAAUGCAAAUCUUCUAUACCACAAAUAUUUGCAUCUAAGAUGCUUACUCAAUCUGAUAAUUUAGAAUCCGUUCCAUAUAGGCCUAAUGCUGCUGAUUCACAGAAAUUAAGUGUAGCAAUGAAAUUUAAGGGACAAUUGUUCCAACUUAUGCAAAGACUUGAAAGUACGACACCACACUUCAUACGUUGUAUCAAACCGAAUAAUUUGCAACUCCCUUCAAUUUAUGGACAAGAACUUGUGCUUCAACAGCUCAAGUGCUGUGGGGUUCUUGAGGUUGUCCGAAUUUCAAGAUCUGGGUAUCCAACGAGAAUGACUCAUCAGAAGUUUGCUCGGCGGUAUGGGUUUCUUCUUCUUGAGGAUGUCGCAUCUCAAGACCCACUUAGUGUUUCAGUUGCAAUUCUUCAUCAGUUCAACAUUUUGCCUGAGAUGUAUCAAGUUGGCUACACAAAAUUGUUCUUCCGAACUGGUCAGAUUGGCAAACUUGAGAACACGCGAAAUCGUACUCUCCAUGGUGUUUUAAGGGUUCAAAGCUGUUUCAGAGGGCAUCAAGCACGGCGCCAUGCAAGGGAACGCAUUAGAGGAGUUUUGGCUCUUCAAUCAUUCAUUCGUGGUGAGAAUGAAAGACAGAGUUAUUCGUCUCUGUUGAGGAAACAUAGAGCAGCCACUGUUGUGCAGAGAAAUCUAAGAGGCUGGCUUGCUAGAAGAUAUUUCAUCAAGAUACGGAAGGCUUCAGUGGUAAUACAAUCUGGUAUUCGUGGUUGUCUUGUCAGAAGAUGUGCCGGCAAUGUUGAUCUAUUGAACGUGUUAAGAGAAUUUGAAUCAAAGAAGGAAGCAGAGGGUGACCAAAUUUUGAUCAAGGCAUCGUUCCUGGCUGAGCUACAAAGGCGAAUCCUAAGGGCUGAGGCCACUGUUCGAGAAAAGGACGAAGAGAAUGAAAUGCUUCAUCAGCGGCUUCAGCAAUACGAAAACCGAUGGUUGGAAUACGAGCAGAAAAUGAAAGCGAUGGAGGAAAUGUGGCAGAAGCAAAUGCGGUCAUUGCAAUCAAGCCUGUCGGUAGCGAAGAAGAGUCUUGCUCUGGAUGAGACACCUAGGAUGUCUGAUUCAUCAGUGGAGCAGAGCUGGGAAAGCAAUGGGAAUCAUGUCGGAGGGGGCUCCCAGCUGGUCCCACGUAUCACUGGGCGGGAAAUGAACGCCAGCAUCAGCGUCAUCGGCCGCCUAGCGGAAGAAUUCGAGCAGCGGAGUCAGGUCUUUGCUGAUGAUGCCAAGUUCUUGGUUGAGGUCAAGUCUGGGCAGGCGGACGCCAGCCUGAACCCAGACAUGGAGCUCCGCAGGCUGAAGCAGAACUUUGACUCAUGGAAGAAGGAUUUCAGUUCCCGCAUAAGGGAGACAAAGGUGAUUCUGAACAAGCUUGCGAGUGGGGGCAACGAGUCGUCACCCAACUCCGCGAAGCGAAAGUGGUGGGGCAGGCUGAACACCUCCAAGUUUUCAUGAGUUAUGUAUGAUGUAGAUGCGCCGGUAUUUUACACCACGGCACGGUUGCUAGUCCUAGAGCCUUUUAUUCUAUGAGUAACGUGAGAAGUCCAGUGUUUUGGACUGGAUUUGUGAUUUGUGGAGGGCGAGUUGUAUAGUUCUUCCACAGAACAGUGGGCAUCUUUGCAGAGCCCAAGAACCACUGAGUUGUGAUGUAAUUACUUGCUAAGAUGUACUACUGUAGUGCUAAAGGGGAAGAUUGGCGAUUGCUCAGUUCU